AUGGUGACCCAGGGAUGCAGUUGCCAUGCCGGGCGCUGCCCUUCCGUGCUGCCCGGGCGCCCGCCCAGCGGCUUCCUGCUGCUGCAGCGGGAGCGGACGCUGCCGGACGGGCGGGAGCUGCGCAGCCCCCGGCCCGGCCGCCUCCAGCAGCGCCCCGCGGAGCGGCCGCUGCUCGCCCGGCGCCCGCCCUGCAGCUUCCACCUGCUGCACCGCGACCGGCCGGUGCCGGCCCGGCGGGAGGGGCCGAGCCGCUUCCAGGAGCUGUACGGGGAGCGGCCGCCGCCCGCCCAGCGGGAGGUGCUGGGGAUCCCGCCCUGCGAACUGCUCGGGCUCCACGGGGAGCCGCUGCUGCCGCUCGGGCGGGAGGGACCCCCCAGCCGCUUGCAGGAGCUGUACGGGGGGCAGCUGCCUCCUCUCGACCGGGAGGUGCUCCGGCUCCAGCCCUGCAGCUUCCAGCAGCUGCACAGGGAGCAGCAGCCCCAGCCCCCGGCUUUUGACCCACGAGCCACCCCAGGCACUUCAGCAUCCAGUGCUCCACCUGGCACUGCUGGUGCAGCAUUAACAGCCUCCAGCUCAGCCCGAAACACACCUGAGGAAGAGCAGUCACCAGCAGUGGAUCUUGCCUUUGCUGUGGAGCAAAUGAUCCGGGAGAUCAGGAGAUCCCUAUCUGAAAGGUCUCCCUCUGCUCAGGGCAAUAUUAAUGCUGUGCCUGAGUCUUCAGGAGGCGAGCCUGUGGACAGAGCUGCAGCAGAGGAAGCCUCAUCUGGCACCGAGAGCUGCAGGAACAGUUCCCCAGAGCCCGAGGAGCCUGGUAAGGACAGAGUCCCCCUUGGUUUAGAGAGGUGUAAGGUGGCUGCUCCGAGCCUGCCUCUGGCAGCAAGGGAGAUAAGCAGAGUUGAGCUCCUGUCUGCAGGGCUGGUGCUUCCUGGUGCCUUUAGCUCAAAUCCUGCACUGGCACAACCUCCCCGAGCCCUGCCCUCCACGCUUCUCCAGAGGCUCUGACACUGAGUCCUCUGCUGUGGCAAGGGAGCAGGGAAUAAAGCUGACCUUGUGGGAGUUGUGUCACCAAGCUGAGUGUCCCAGUUUGGUUCAUAACUCAGCUC